AAGUCACAUUGCAGAAGGCUGGGUACCAACACCAAACCAUGCUUCAAGCCUUUGCUAGGAGAGCUCCCUCCAUAUCUGUCAGAGCAAGAUGUCUGUGCACCAAGCCACCAACCUCCCCUGGACCUCCCGAGCGCGAGUAUGUCCAACCCUCGACGGAAGAGAAGUCAGCUCUAAAGAUAUUGAAGGACGAGUUCAGGCCGCUAUUCACAGGUGAAGCAGUCGGCGUUGAAAAGGCCGUCCCUCGACGUACUGAUGUUCUGAUCAUUGGUGGAGGUCUAGUUGGCACCGCAGCGGCAUAUUUUCUCAAAGCCCAUGGGGAAAUGUUUGAUGUGACGAUUGUGGAACGUGACUAUGGGUACACCAGGGCCUCUACCAUGCUGUCAUGUGGUGGGGUCAGACAUCAGUUCACCAUCCCAGAGAAUGUGCAGAUGUCCAUGUUCACGACAGAGUUCCUGAAACACUACAAAGAGCACCUUACUGUUCUAGGACAAGACCCCCCACAUGUGGACUUCCAUCACCAGGGUUACCUGUUCCUGGCACCUGAGAAUCGAGCCCAGCUGCUGCUAGACUGUGUCAAGAUGCAAAGGGCACAAGGAGCGAAGACAGUGAUACUGUCCAAGGCACAGCUGGCAGAGAAAUACCCUUGGAUGAAUCUGGAUGGCAUAGAAUGUGCAUCAUACGGCACAGAGGGUGAGGGGUGGUUUGAUCCCUGGCAGCUGGUACAUGCGCUCAAGGGCAAGAAUAUACAGCUGGGCGUUAGGUACUGCCAGGGUGAGGUGGUGAAAUUCAGAUACGAUUCUGUACCACUGUACACAUCUGGUGGCAUUGCCGAGAAGAAGAGAAUCCUCGGAGUGGAUGUUGACCAUCCGGAUGGAAAGCGAUAUGGGUGCGAUGCAGCGGUAAUCAUUAACAGUGCGGGCCCAUGGGCUGGGGAGGUAGCCCGAAUGGCAGGAAUAGGAGUGGACGUGUUCCCAGAAUUACCCGUGGAGCCGAGAAAGCGGUACGUGUACACGGUACACUGCCCAGAUGGUCCCACUCUGGAUUGCCCAUUUCUGAUUGACACGUCCGGGGCGUACAUACGUAGAGAGGGCCUGGGUGGGAACUACAUCUGUGGGGCAUCUCCAUCAGAGGAGGCAGAGCCUAGCAUUGCCAAUCUUGAUGUAGAUUACGAAUUCUACCAGGAGGUCGUGUGGCCCAGCAUUGCUCACAGGGUACCAGCCUUCAACAACUCUAAGCUCAAAUGUGCCUGGGCUGGUUACUACGACUACAACACAGUCGAUCAGAAUCUCAUAAUUGGCUCGCACCCGGAGUACCGUAACUUCCUGUUUGCCAACGGCAUGAGCGGACAUGGCGUACAGCAGGGGCUAGCUAUUGGACGCGCAUUGUUUGAGUAUAUCUACUACUCCAAGUAUAAGACCAUAGACCUCUCCAUGUUUGACUUUGCGAGGUUUGCAGAGAGAAGACCUAUUCUAGAACAGGCAAUUGUUUAGCAGUAUUUUGGUGGGUUGUGACUUUCUAUUUUACUCAAGGAUGAUUUUAAGUUGAAUUUUUGACUGAAGUAUCGUAUGAAAUCUCACAUUUUCCACAGAUGAAUGCUCAUGCUUGUUUUUUAAUUAUCACCAAAAGUGAUACAAAUUUAGUGGUCCUCAUGUAAAUUAUCUCGAAUUUUUUUUAUAUGGAUGGUAUCUGUUACAGGUUUAAACAUUUAUUGAAUCGCUCUUGAAUAUUUUUUAUGAAUUAAUGAUGCAAAUAUGAGAAACAAUUUUAAAAUGAAUCGUUUACCAAUUGUCACCAAGAAGUGUUGAGUUGUUCCUACAUGUAACUUGUACCAUACAAACAUGAAAAAUGUAGAUUUUAAAAGUAUGUACUAUUGUAUUAUGUGUUUGUAAAAGGGUUGUAAACAGUUCUCUUCACAGAAACAUCAAUAUUAUUCAACGCCAUGUAAUUUUUUUAUACUUGCCUUUUUAGCUCAUCUAUUUUUUGAAAAAAAAUUAUGAGCUAUUGUCAUCACCUUGGCGUCGGCGUCUGCGUCGGCGUCCGGUUAAGUUUUGCGUUUAGGUCCACUUUUCUCAGAAAGUAUCAAUGCUAUUGCAUUCAAACUUGGUAUACUUACUUACUAUCAUGAGGGGACUGGGCAGGCAAAGUUAGAUAACUCUGGCGUUCAUUUUGACUGAAUUAUGUGCCCUUUUUAUACUUAGAAAAUUGAAAAUUUUGGUUAAGUUUUGCGUUUAGGUCCACUUUUUUCAGAAAGUAUCAAUGCUAUUGCAUUCAAACUUGGUACACUUACUAACUAUCACGAGGGGACUGGGCAGGCAAAGUAAGAUAACUCUGGCGUGCAUUUUGACAGAAUUAUGUGCCCUUUUUAUACUUAGAAAAUUGAAAAUUUUGGUUAAGUUUUGUGUUUAGGUCCAUUUUAUUCCUUAAGUAUGAAAGCUAUUGCUUUCAUACUUGCAACACUUACUAACUAUCAUAAGGGGACUGUGCAGGCAAAGUAAUGUAACUCUGACUGGCAUUUUGACAGAAUUAUGUGCCCUUUUUAUACUGAGAAUAUUGAAAGUUUGGUUAAGUUUUGUGUUUUGGUCCACUUUACCCCUAAAGUAUCAUAGAUAUUGCUUUCAUACUUGGAACACUCGCAAACUAUCAUAAGGGUACAGUAAAAGGACAAGUUGCAUAACUCUGGAUGUCAUUUUUACGGAAUUAUGGCCCUUUUUUGACUUAGUAACUUUGAAUAUAUGGUUAAAUUUUGUGUUUCGAUCCACUUUACUUCUUAAGUAUUAAGGCUAUUGCUUUCAAACUUCAAAUACUUUCAUGCUAUCAUGAGGUUACUGUACCUGGCAAGUUGAAUUUUACCUUGACCUUUGAAUGACCUUGACUCUCAAGGUCAAAUUAUUAAAUUUUGCUAAAAUUGCCAUAACUUAUUUAUUUAUGAUUAGAUUUGAUUGAUACUUUGACAAAACUACUCUUACCUGACAUACCACAAUAGACUCAACCAAACCAUCGCCCGUGCCCCCC